GUAGGAAGUCACAGGGAGGUUGGGCCUUUCAGGUGUAACUGGAAAGGACAACCAAGCAACUUUAGGUUAUCCAAACAAAACAGGCAGCACGAGCACUGCAGAGGUCAGACUGACUGCAGCCUUAUCAAACGAUGUUUAUGAUUGGCAUAGCUUACAUUAAUACUGUUUAAGUCCAGUCCAUGUGGUGAAGCUGGCAAUAAGGAGACCCAGCUAUGAUGCUAGCUAACAUAAGUUACCUUGUCUAACGGGGAACCUGCUAAUGUUGACGCUGCUAACAGAUGACAACUGACCUGGGCACACCACAAAUAAUUUCCAGGAUGUGAAUGUGAUGGUACUUCUGGGUUUUGGCUUCUCCUUCACUUUUCUCGUCCGGUAUGGAUUCAGUGGCACUGGGUUUAACCUCCUUGUGGCAGCCAUGGCCACCCAGUGGGCCAUUGUACUCAAUGGCAUUGAGUCCUGGUAUUACAGAGGAAAGAUCUGGAUAAAUUUGAGAAGCUUGAUAGUAGCUGAAAUGUGCACAGUAUCAGCCCUCAUCUCAAUUGGAACAGUGCUGGGGAAGACCAACCCUGUCCACCUCAUCCUCAUCGCCCUCCUGGAAGUCUCAGGGUUUGUCCUGAAUAACUGGAUCCUUCAGACUUUUUUGACGGUCCGGCCUCUGAACAGCAUCAUGCUGCUUCACAUCUUUGGGGCCUUUUUUGGACUCAUGCUAAUGUGGAUCCUGUAUCGGGAAGGUUCUGAAAAGCCAUUUGAAAAAGAGAAAUUUGACUGCAAAACAGGGAUCUUCUCCAUGCUAGGGACAGUGUUUCUAUGGAUGUUUUGGCCCACCUUUAACUCAGUCCUUGUGGACAAUUAUCCUCCUGGUAGGAAGCUGGAAGCAAUGAGCGGCACCUACCUAGCCUUGGCUGUCAGUGCUGUAACAACAGCUGCAGUAUCUAUGCUGUCCAGUCCCAAAGGGAAACUCAACCCAGUUCAUAUGCAGUCAUGCAUACUUGCUGGUGGUGUGGCAAUUGGAGUUUCCAUGCCAGUGGUUCAUCACCCAUGGGAAGCCAUGACAAUUGGGUUUACUGCAGCUGUUGUAUCGACAAUUGGACACAGAUACCUCAAGCGCCACAUGGUGCUUUCAUUUCAGUGCCAUGACACGUGUGCUGUUCUGAGCACACAUGGCCUGCCUGGUCUCUUGGGAUGGGUAGCACACUUCCUGCUGAUUAAAGACUUUGAUGAUCACACAACGGCAAUCCGGUUUGCUGUCUUUCACAUUUGCACUCUCCUCUUAACAUUGGGUUUAAGCUUGUCCAUGGGAAUAAUUACAGGGGUUCUUCUCAAGUGGAAUUUCUGGAGAUCACCUCAAGAUAGGAAGUGUUUUGAUGAUCAGGCUUUCUGGGAGGUACGCAAUCAAAAAGAAAAGACAUGUCUAUCAGAGGAUAUAGAAUAGUGAUGCACAAGGAUUUAUGUUUUUAUGUUUUGCAGUUUCCACAUCUUGCAGUGCAAAAGUAAAAUAAUGGAGAAAGAAGAUGGAAGCCUGACCUUGAUGAAACAAACCCGAUUUGGCCUUCAUUAAUGCAUAUUUUUUAAAAAUUCUAUACACUCCCUGUCAUAUUCUUGUAAAUUAGUUGCCAAGUAGUUCUUCAGUGUUUUUGUUUUUUUUGGUUAAUGACUUGAACAAAAGUGUGAGGAUGAAUCAUUGACUGUGUUCUUGUAUAUUCUGUCUCUUUAAUGUUGCCAUGGUUGUCAAAAUAUCGACCUCAUGGUAUUGAUGUUACAUAAGCAAAUGGAUAAAUGUUACAGUCAAAUGUAAGAAUUCAGUAGACAAACAAAACCUUACAGUUCUGAAACCUCUUUACCUUCAGGUCAGCAGUGUUACCCAAGAAACCUCCAAUAAUAAAUCAAUGAGUGGUAUGCUA